CAAUAAUAAAGCCUUCAUGGUUAAGAAGUGAGCGUAGUAACCUUGUUACAUACGGUGUUGUGAGCCGUUCGCUCGGUGGUUCGGUGAGAGGAACAAGGCGCCGCCUUGUUUCCGUUUGGGUCAGAGUGAGCUGCUGUGUGACGAUAUGCAGCAUCUACCAGUCAAAAACGGAGACAUUCUUCCUGACCAGCAAGACUGGAAUCCCAACGUACACCAAGAGGACUCAAAGCAUCCAGAUGUGAAGGAGGAACAGGAGAAACAGCAGCUUCACCAGGUGGAGGAAGCUGGUAUUAUCAAGUUUCCUAUCACUGUUGUCAUUGUGAAAAGUGAAAAUGAGGAAAAACCAGAAAUAUCACAACUUCAUCAAAACCCAACUGUUGAAAGCAAAGAGGCAAAGCAUCGAGCCAGCAGCUCAACUGAAUGCAGCACACUGAAAACAGAAGCUGAUGGAGAAGACUGUGGAGGAUCGCAAGCAGUCACCAACUCUGCUUCAUGUAAUCAUUUCCAACCAGAUACGGGUGGCAAGAGUACAAACUGUUCUGAAGCUGAGACUGAUGACAGCUAUGAAUGGAAGCAGAACAUGGAAACUCCAAGUUCGAUAUGUCACCAAAACUAUACAGUGUCUGCAAGUAAUCAAUGUAAUAUUACCAAGACCCAGUGUAAGAGCUCUGAAUGUGGAAAAUCAUUUGGCCACAUGAACUUUUUGAAACGGCACAAGAGAAUUAGAUCAAGUGAGAAGCCAUUUAAUUGCCCUGAUUGUAGUAAAAGAUUUGGACAAAAGAGCCAUCUGAGGAAUCACAUAAGAAUUCAUACAGGAGAGAAACCAUUUGUUUGCUCAGAGUGUGGUGAAAGAUUUAGAGAAAUGGGAAAUCUAAAUAAACACAUGAAAGUUCAUAAAGGAGAGAAGCCAUUUCGCUGUUCUGAGUGUGAUAGAAGAUUUGGACACAAAGGUACUCUGAACAAACACAUGAGAAUCCAUACGGGAGAGAAACCAUUUUGUUGCUAUAACUGCAGUAAAAGAUUUAGAGAAAUGGGCACUCUGAAUAAACAUAUGAGGAUUCAUACAGGAGAGAAACCAUUUGGGUGUUCUGAAUGUGGUAAAAGCUUUAGACAAAGGGGUAAUCUGAACAAACACAUGAGAAUUCACACGGGACAGAAACCAUUUGGCUGCUCUGAAUGUGAUAAAAGAUUUAGAGGAAUAAAUGAUCUGACAAAACAUGUAAGAAUUCAUACAGGAGAUAAACCAUUUAGCUGUUCUCAGUGUGGUGAAAGAUUUAGACAAAAGAGCCAUUUAAAUUCCCACAUAGGAAUUCAUACAGGAGAUAAAUCAUUUAGCUGUUCUAACUGUGGUGACACAUUCAGACGAAGAGACAGUUUGAACCGACACAUGAGAGUUCAUGCUGUAAAGAGAACAUUUGGAUUUUCGGAGUGUAACACGACCAGUCGUUGUCUCUAAUGUGGCC